UCGUGCAUGAUUACCAGAUCAGUUAGAUUAGGACGUCCGUGCCUUCAUGGUUCGGGAUGUCUGCCAGUCCCUAGUUCGGGUCUUGACACAAGUAGAUCUAUACUUUAGUUGUCAUUUGUCAAGGGAUCAACAUUCUUUUUCUUGAGCCUGUCAAAAGCCUAGAAGGAUUUGCUGCUACAACUAAGAAUCGGGACUUAUAAACGAAGUGCCACUCUGCCCGAGGUUUGUAAUCCCUCUUCUGGAUUAAAAUUGAAUAUGGAUCAAGUAAAUGUUAGGAUUGACAAUAUAUUGAAAUUGUUAUGAAUUAGAAGAAUCUAUGAAUCUGCACAAAUCACAGUUGGGCUGCAGGAUAAUAUAGAGUUUUAUAAUGGCUUGAGACUAGAAUGGUGUUCACUGAACUUAUCAUGAAGUCUAGUGGCCACUCUCAGGUAAUCAACUUAAGUGGGCAGGGAGAACUGUUCUCUAUGUCUUGGAGUAAUUCUUUUUGUUAGUAAUGGGCCAAUGGCUGUUUGGUACAAAACAGUUACUAUAAGCAAUAUUUGGGAUGGGUUUAGUGGUGUGAUCCGCUGGAAGGGAGAUCAUAAAGAAUUAUACAAAAAAAAAGGAAUGUUUGAGCUCCUGCUUGCUGCUUAUUCAACCAUUAGCACACAAGACUCCGCUCACUUCCGGCGAAUGAAUGAAAAUGAUGCUACAAACUAUGUGCUGCAACAGGGUUGGGUGUUGGAUUCGGCUUCUCAAAUGCUUACUGUGAAGAAACAGGCAGUUGUAAAAAGAACAGAAGUUAGACCCCAGUAACUUACAUCUGGAGCACUAAAUCAGUUUGUUGGUUCCCAGAUUAGGUGUUUUCCUUGCUCUAAAUGGUUGGAGAAAUUAGGUGGCAAAGUCUUAUAGCAACAGAUCUACGCAUGCUUCGAUUAUUAUUACUAUUAUCUCUCUUGAUAACUAUAUUACUACCAUGAAAUCAAGAAGAGUACAGUUCUUUGAAAAGUUUUCUUUGUAUAGGGGCAUUAGUAGAUAUCAAACAAUGUUGAACAAUCUUCUUUUAGUUUUUGAAGUUUUUGCCUUGAACAAGUAUGUUAUGUAUA